GCUAAAAGCCUAAAACGUAAAACCCAACAUGCUAAAAAAAAAAUGCUAACCAGCCGUCACUUUCUCCGCUUCUUGCAUCUAACAGAAACUUUUCUCCUUCAUUUUCUUGGGCAUUUUCUCAACUACCAAACAGACAAAAUCUAAACCCCUUUCUUCGAACACACCACAAAACCUCACUCACUCACCCAGAAAGAAGGAAAUCAUAGAAUGAAAAUCGUUGGCAAAUCAUUGAACUAUGAUUCGGAUUCCAUGGCGUCAAAAGCGACAUUGGAGGGAUCCAAAACGUCGUGCUCUGAUUCAGACACUCAAAUCCGCUUACCAAUCUAAUGAGAUGAAUGCUAACAAAAAGCAAGGUGCUAGAGGUGGAAUUGUUGCUACUACAAGUGCUGUUGCUGUAACUAAAACAACUGCAAGGGCUGGAGAAGCAGGGGUUGUUGCUGCAAGUUCUGGAGAUUCAAUGGUUGCUGCAAGUUCUGGAGAUUCAGUGGUUGCUGCUACAAGUGUUGGGGAUUCAACGACUGGUGGUGGUACUAACAAUCAACGUGUGGUGGUGCCAAUUGUGGAAAAGGCCAUUCAAAGGGUGCAGUCCAAGAAGAAGAAGAAGAAGAAUAAGGGCAUUAACAAUAUAAGGGCAAAACUUUGAUACAGUACUUAGGUGCUGUUCUUUAGGUUCUCCUUGAUAAGAUCUUAGUAACC